AUGGAUGUUGAUGGUGGUGCUAGGUAUCAAACUGCCUCCUUCCUGGAGCAAUUUCCGAACCUGCCUGGUUGUGUGGUUUUGCAGGACCUGCCAGAGCCCAUCGAGGACGCAAAGCCGGUGGUUCCGAAGGAUGUCGAGCGAAUGGUGCAUAACUUCUUUCAACCACAGCCUAUCAAAGGUGCCAAGUACUACUAUUUGCGGAUGAUAUUGCAUGACCAUACAGACGAGAAUAGCAAAAAGAUUCUGGGUAAUCUAGUACCGGCUCUGGGGGAAGAUUCUCUUAUUUUGCUCGACGAAAUGGUUUUGCCCUCUGAUCACGUGGAUGAGGCGUCCACGCAACAUGACCUGACCAUGAUGACGUUUCAUAGCUCGAUGGAGCGAUCGGAGGAACAAUGGGCGAAGCUUGUAGGAGCGGUAGGACUGAAGAUCAAGAAAGUGGUACUGUAUGCACUGGGUUAUAAUUUGGGAGUUGUUGCAUGUGGGCCCUAA